AUGAUUGAUGCGGUUAUCUUAGCAGAGUUUGAUAUUUCUAGUGGAAAUAUAAUCAGAUUACAGUACCCUAGAGAGUUGGAAGGAGUUGACCCUGAAGACAUUGCUCCAAUGAUGAUCCCUGAUGGCGCUCAUAAUACAGAACAUGACAUUACAACUUUUAUACUGAGAAGAAACCAGAAGGAAAAUGUUGAGGAAGAAAAAGAUGCGAAUAAUCUCAGUGAUAUUAAGAUUUUGUCUAAUAGGAACUUCAGAGAGCCUAAGAUUAAUCUGUUAAAGCAUACAGGUAUCACUCUUCAAAAAUCACCAGUGAGGUCUCUAUCUGAUAGUCCCGAUUCUCAUAAGGAUAGAUUCAGAGAGAAGCAAGGCGAGAUAUCAGAUUAUGUUGAGAGCAUUAACUCCAAUAAUGACACUUACUUCUUCGUCAGUGUUCUAAGAAAUAAGAGAGAUCUUAGCUACGCCAGAGGAAGUAUUGUUAAAGCUAUGAGCAUUGCUAGCAAGUAUCGAUACGUAGAAGCCUUUAAUGGUCUUCUUGAUAGAGCUCUAAACGAUUACCUAGAUGCAUUCAGGGUUGGAGAAGAUCAAUCUGACAGUGAAGAGAAAGCAGAGGCCAUAAUGGGUGAGCUAUACCAGAGAAUUAAUGAAGAAUGAAAUAUUAGCCGAUUUAAUAAAGCAAACUUCUUUGAAAAGAGGGUGUAUAAUGACAUUCGUGCUUACUGUGAUGAUAAAAAUCGAUCUAAGCUCAGCUCUUUCUAUUAUUCAAAGAAUAUUGAAUGGAAUGGCUCAAGUGUUAGAGUUAAGCUACCUAAAGCAUUGGACUGAGAUAAGCUUUCAAAUUGAACUAAUCUUAAGUCUUUCGUGCUAAAAUUUGGAGAAAGAGUCAUGCUGAUAUUUAAUAACAUAUUGCUUGAGAAAAGAGUAAUGUUUAUAGGAAAUAAGCAUUCUUCAAAAGUCAUGUCAGAGUAUGUUUAUACAUGAUUGGAAAUGUUUACUCCACCAAUGAUAGGUUUGCUAUACAGAGCACUGCCAUUUAUUACCCUGAAUAGUAUAAACCUCCUACAGAUACCAGGAUAUAUAGCUGGAACUAACAAUGUGCUGUUCGAGACAAAGACUGCUUAUUAUGACCUUGCGUGUGAAAUAGAGUCCUCUAAAAUAAAAAUUUCCAGAGAAGGAGAAGAAGAUGACUUUAUACAUCCUGAUGAUGAAAGCCAUCACGAAUGUGACUUAAACUUUAUCCGUAGGCUUAUUAACAGAAUCAAGACCAAGGCUAUUUAUGAUUAUGAAAUUAAGGAUUAUUUUGCUUCAUACCUACAGACGCUGUUGGAUUUAGCUCUAUCAUCCGAUCCUGUCUCCGAUUAUCCUCAUAAUAAGGUGCUCCAGGAAUUUGCAGAUCAGAAUUCAAGGAGGAUUUCACUAUUUAAGAAAACCAGUUUGUUCAGGAUUUAUAAAAACAUCCAGAAUUUCAUGGGUUAUGAGGUCAGAAGUGGCAUCAGCAUGUUUAAGCUAGAGGAGAAUGUGAGAAGGCUUCGCUUCAGUGCCUCGAUGUCGGAAGAACUCCUUCGUAGUAUCUUUAUGGACUUUAAAGAGUUCCUGACUCCUGCUGAUCAUGAUAGGAUCAUCAGAUUUUUAUACCUGUUUCCAAGACAUAAAGGAGGGCUAAGCGUCUUGGCUAGUGCUAUUUUUGGACAAGAUGAGCAGGUAGUCAAGUAUGCAAAGGAAUGAUUAGAGGUUUUGGAUGACCAUCCUGUUGGAAAGAAGUAUAUUGGACAACUGAGCUUUGUGGUGCAGAAUAAGUUUAGGGAGUAA